GUUGUUGUUUGUUUUCUUUGUUUUCUUGUCGUCCGUGCAGCGUGUUCGUUCGGCUGCGCAUUUCGCUCAGUUUGAUGAUGAUUGAUGACAAGAACUAAGACACUCGUGCAUUCGGUAUCGCUUUUAUUCAUCACUGAGCCAUGGCCGAACCUCAAAUUGUAAAAUUCCACGAUUUGGAACUGGAUGACAGAAUUUUGAAGGCUAUAGCUAAGGAAGGUUGGACAGAGCCCACACUAAUCCAGGAACGAGCUAUUCCUCUUAUUUUGCAAGGCAAAGACGUGUUAGUCAAAGCCCGAACGGGUUCAGGAAAGACUGGAGCCUUUGCGAUACCCAUCAUUCAGAAGAUUUUGAACUCGAAAUUGAUUGCCACAGAACAAGCAGUGAAAGCACUUGUCCUUGCUCCAUCAAGAGAACUGUGUCAGCAAGUUGCAAGAAAUUUUGAACAGCUGACUUACAAAUGCUCAAGAGAUGUCAGAAUUUUGGACAUUUCGCCCCAAGUUGAUGUAAAUGUCCAGCGUCCAUUACUUGUUAGUAAACCAGAUGUUGUUGUUUCAACCCCUGCAAGAGCUCUCCUCCACUUAAAGUCAGGAAGUUUGGUGCUCAAAGAGUCCCUUGAAGUUCUUAUUAUUGAUGAGGCUGACUUAGUUCUCGCUCAUGGGUAUGAGUCUGAGACAACAGCACUACUUGAGUUUCUGCCUUCUGUUUACCAAGCCAUCCUUGCUAGUGCAACACUAUCAGAUGAUGUUCUGCAACUGAAGAAACUUAUUCUCCACAACGCUGUAACACUGAAACUAGAAGAACCAUCUCUUGCACCAACAUCUCAGCUCCAACAUUAUCAUCUGUUUGCUGAAGAGAAGGAUAAAGCAGCCAUUCUCUAUGCACUUAUUAAAUUACAUUUACUUCGUGGCAAAACGAUCAUUUUUGUAAAUAAUGUCGAUCGUUGCUUCAAGCUCAAAUUAUUUUUGGAACAAUUCAAUGUCCGAACAGUGGUGCUCAACUCAGAACUACCUGCUGCCACCAGGUGUCAUGCCGUCAAUCAAUUUAAUGAGGGCAUCUAUGAUAUAAUUAUUGCAUCUGAUGAAACUGUGCUUGCCGAACCAGCGACAGCAAGCUCAUCUCAAAAAAAGAAAAAGAAGAAGAAGAAGGAGGAAAAGGAAGAAAAAGAAGAAGCGGAGGAGAAGGCAAGCAAAAGAAAGAGUGACAAAGAAUCUGGUGUUUCCCGGGGCAUUGACUUUCAAUUUGUUUCCAAUGUUAUCAAUUUUGACUUCCCUCUGGACAUCAAGUCAUAUAUCCAUAGAGCUGGUCGAACUGCCCGUGGAAAAAACAAGGGCACGGCUUUGUCUUUUGUGAGCCUCCUUGAACAGCCUCGUAUGCACCAAGUUGAAAACUACUUAAAAAAUGAACAUAGUGUAGAAGAAAAUGUUAUGAAAGCUUACCAAUUUAAAUUGGAAGAAGUAGAAGCCUUUAGGUAUCGCGCCAGGGAUGCAUGGACAGCAGUCACCAAAAUUGCAAUAAGAGAAGCCCGUAUAAAGGAGAUCAAACAAGAAUUAUUUAACACCAAUGAACUCAAGAGCUAUUUUGAGGACAACCCACGGGACUUACAAUCCUUGAGACAUGAUAAGGCUCUUCACACAGUCAAAGUACAUCCCCAUUUAGCUAAUGUACCAGAUUAUAUUGUUCCUGAUGCUUUGAGGAAGCUGUCAGGAAUUGGUCACAAUCGGAAACGGCGCCGUUUUCACCAGAAGACACCUAGACAAGAGAUGUUCCUUGCUGCAAGGAGCAAUCCACUGAUGAGUAUGGAAUUUGAAGGAUUUGGGAAGCGGCAAAAGAAAUAGUGUUUGUUACAAUAAAAUUUGCUUUGAAACUUAA